CGAAUCCUGAGGUGCAGCUUAAAAGCACAAAAUGUGUCGAAAAGACGACAGUGACAAGAAAAGCCAUGCCGGUUCCUGCAGUAGACAUGAAGGAAUAUGGUGACCAACAAGUGAACAUACUUGCUGAUGAUCUCGAGGAGCUGAGGACUGUGGAACGAUCAGAAUUCCGAAAUGUGUUGGAAAAGAUAAUUGAUGAAGAUGUACCCAGGCUGUACCGGUACCCAACAAAUGAUACAGAAGAAGUACCUGAAGAGUUCAGGAGACAUGUGCUUUAUUUUCAACGAAAGAAGCUGGAGAGGAGCAGAGCCAUGUCCCACCUCAAUGCUGUUGGAUAUGCCAUACUGAUGCAGUCCAUGGAGACACAUUUGGUGACGAGGACAAGAGGUCCAAGACUUUAUGACAUCACAAAAAGAAAUCUGAUACUACCCGAUGUUGUACUACAAUUUGGACGUCCAAGGAACGACUAUUUCCUCAAAGUGGUGGAAGAUUUCAUUUUCUACCAUGCCAGAAAGCAUUUCGAAACAAGGCACACAGAUUCAUGACAGAUUGGAUAUGCGCUUAUUUAAGAGAAAGCGUUAUGAGUACAUAAGAGUAUAUCUAUUACAAAAAAUGAGGACCGGGUUGAUAUAAGAGUGAGUGAAAGGUUGAUACUGGAGUGAAUGAGUGAGUGACAUUAAGAAGAUAUGUUGUUUGAAUAUUGAAUAUUUGAUGUUUGUGCUUAGUGGAAGGCCAUAGAAAACUUGUUUAAUAGAAAUUAGCGUAAAGCAAUUGACAAAUUA